AUGGCAUUAGCCGUACUCCCGGCGAUCAUCGUCAGUUUUGUAAUCGUCGUGGCAUCGCUCGGUACAUUCUACAUUUACAGGGCAUACAGGCGCGUGCGCUAUGCAGUCCAGGAUGUGGAGCGCAGCCGCCAUAUCGAAAUCGCCUCUCUCUCGCAACAGCGCCCCAUUGAACUACAUGAUCUCGAAGGUCCGCGCAAACAAUAUCAUAGCGGUCAGUGGUACGGCUCGGAGGGUGCAGUUCCCACAAACGUCGCGCCGGCCGCGAAACCACUGCCGCAUCCUCCGGGGAUUGAGUACACAGGUGGUGAGGGGCUUGUUAAACCUCCUGGUCGAGUCUUUCUAUCCACUGAGGUACAGCAACCUGAGCUGCUCUCUCCAAAGCCUGUGCGCACGGUGACCACAAGGCCGAAGGCAGAGCCUGCUAGUACCGCAUAUGACCCAGAUCAAACGGCAGCAUCGGAAAUAUGGAGCAAGAUUGAGAAGGGAGAGCUGGAACCCUCGCGACGUAAGGCGCAGAAGAAGUCACCAAAGAAACCGAACGCAUCAAUACCCGAAGUACUCCGAGAUCCUUCAGAGUUUGAACGCGACACCAUGACAGACAUCGACGUUGAUAGCAGCACCAGAGAAUGGGCAAAACCCAAUCGCCCCGCGCUGCCCUUCACACCACGCUCAAACAAACGCGAGUCGUCUGAUAGCAUGGCUACGGUUGUCGACGCCAGUAACGCGAAUAUUGAACGCCCCCAGUCAUACGUCAAGCGCAAACAAAGCAUGGGCACAGGAGCGAUCAAGCCGACUAAACCGCUAGAUCGAGCUGCAGAGGCGCGCCGCCAGAUGGCGGAAAGGAAAAAGCAAAUGGCGGAAAGGCAGAAGCAAGAGGAAGCUGAUCGUCUCGCAGAGCAACAAAGGCUGGUAGACGAACAAAAGCAGCGUGCAGCUGAACAACAGAGACUGGCUGAAGAGAAGCAGCGACAGGAAGACGAGGAAAAGGCCCGCUCAUUGGCACAAGUUUUCGAUGACGAAGACAUCGAUCUAGACGAUAAGAGGCCUUCUGACUCUCAAAGAUCGCGCACUCGCCGGAGAUCCGACUCAUCAUCCAAGUCGAAGCGUGAGCGCAAGAGUCGUGAUAUGUUGCUCACAAGAACUCCCAAGCGAGCAUAUACCUUCGCGAAUGACGCUUCUGAUGGUGUCGAUAGCCCCAACACAGACGAAAAGACAAGUCGCAACAGUAAGGGAAGCUCUAGAAGCAUGAGUAUGAACGAUCAGGCAAGACCAGACUUUAACGCGACGAUGCCCUCAAUUGACGAGGGUGGCAAUGUCAACCCCUUCUCUGACAAUGCAGCGAGACAUUCGUAUAGUUCCACCAAGAAAUCUGUCUCGUCGAUGUACUCUAAAGACACGCCGGAGAACCCAUUUACCUCUGACAAGGACCCCGAAGGUCGCUUCGCGACAGCGCAAAGAUAUUCGGCUGCGUCAAGUAACGAGAGUCGAGUGUCGUUCUCUCAAGUACAGCGAAGAUCGAACGUCUCCAGCAAUGAGAGUAGAAACAGCUCAGGUACGAACUAUUCCAAACGCAGCGACAGUAAAGCUAGCGCAAAGAAUCGUGCUUCUAUAGAUAGCCAAGGCAGUCAGCAGUCAGCGAACGGCCGUGAAAAGCCUGAGUGGAAGCCAUCCGUCGCGUCCCGUGCACUCAGUAAACUCGGUCGCAAGUCAGCGUCAUCGGAUAGGAAGAAGGAAAGGGAUUCUACGAGCUCGACACAAUCUCGGGAAAAUGAAGGACCAGGAUUGCGAGGUGGAGGAAAUAUGUACGUGGAGGAGCCGGAAGAGCUGUCAUCCUCUGAGGAUGAGCAUGAAGACUCAGCCAAGCAAGAGCAGAAAGUGAAGAACCGGGUGGAGAUGCGCGGCGGUUCAGGAGAGACGGUCGAGAGCGAGAGUGAGGUUGAAACGGAGCACGAAGACGAAAGCGACGCUGCCGAGGUCGGAAAUUUGGAGGACGAGCACUCGGAUGUGAGCUCAAGCGAUGAGGACGAGAUUGCGAGCGAGAAACACGACUCCUCCGAAGACGAAGUCUCAGACGAUGAUGACGCGUCCGAGAAUGCGGAUUCGGAGUCCGAAAUCUCUGAUGCAGGCACUUCUGACGCCAUUACUUCAGACGACGAAUCUGAGGAGGAGGUUUCGGAUGAUGAGCAGGGCCCGGUACUGAAGAAGCCGUUUGAGGACGUGGGUGUCCAAGCUAGGAAGGCGGGCAGGGUCAAGGCGUGA